AUCAUGACAGAGUGAACGAAUAUUGUAAAAUGAUGGUGACAGCUUGCAACAUUUGUCUUUGUCAAAAAUAUGUAGUUUUUCCAAGUUAACAGAGCAUAUUCGUCUCUAGCCUAUAUUUGUUAUAAUAUUAUAACAUAUGUAAAUUAUUUGAUUAAAGAUAUAUUUCUUCUAUUUUCCUACUGCAUACUGAAUAGCGCAGAUGGAUUGGAUAUCUCCAAAUUCCCGACCAAACACUGCUCUCUCUCUGUUAGGAAGAACCACUCACACAACCGAGUUCGUUCCGAGAGUGAAUAGUUCUUCUAACACUCCAGUCUCUCCUAGCUUUCUAAACAGUUCUUUCACAUCUGUUUCGCCAUCAACAAGUUUUCAUCCAAUAGCAAAGAAAUUUGAUGAACAUGAACAUAUUACCGCUGGUGUAACGCCAGAUACUCAAUCACCAUCUCAUUCUAUCGCUAGUUCACCGAUUUUACAAGACAAGAUAAACAACUCUACUAAUGGCUCGGUCAUUGUACCUGCAUAUCAUGAAAAUGUCGGAGGAACAACAUAUUUUUAUCAAUAUCCUACUGCUACAGAAAACAACAUAAAAAAUGAACCUGUACCCAGCACAAGUACAACAUCAAAUGACUAUACCACUUUUCCUGGCAAGUCUGAACCGUCAUUUUUUGUAUCUGAAGAACUAAAAUCUGACAUAAUAAAUCGUAACUUAUUGACACUGCUGCAGCCUGAUAUAGCACAAUAUCCAGAUCUUCCACAGGAAGUUGACAGUUACCACGAGCUUUUCCCUUUAGAGCCUAUAUCAAAUCAGGCUCUUCAUAAAGCCCAUUUGGGCUAUCAGGCCUCCAUGUACAAGGCGACACAUACCAAAACUGGUGUCCACUAUUGUCUGAGACGAAUCCACGGGUUUCGGUUACAGAACGUUAAAUGCAUGGCGUUUGUGGAAAUGUGGAAAAAGCUCAAUCAUUCCAAUAUAGUUAAUUUAAAGGAAGUGUUUACCACAAAAGCGUUUGGUGAUAAUUCUAUGAUAUUUGUCUAUAGUUAUCAUCCAGGAUCAGAAACUCUACUUAACAAACAUUUUUCAACUGAUCAGCCCGGGUAUUCAGAUCCUUUCACAAACGACGUUUCGACACCUAGACCCUACAGUUAUCAGAAGAACAAUUUACUUAGGCACCAACAGAACAACAAACUUCCAGAACCCUUAAUAUGGAGCUACAUUAUUCAGUUAACAUCGGCCCUCAGACUGAUCCACUCCUCAGCGUUGGCGUGUAGAAGUUUAGACCCAACAAAAAUUAUUUUAACUUCAAAAAAUAGGUUAAGAUUAAGCUGUUUGGGUGUUAUGGACGUCAUUCUACACGAAAAUAAUUCGAGCAUUAACCAUCUGGCAUUGGUGCAUCAUUAUCAGCAGGAAGAUUUGACAGCGCUGGGGAAAUUGGUUCUUGCCUUGGCAUGCAAGUCGACGGUUGCCGUUCAACGAGAAAACAUAUCAACGGCAGUCGAUAUUGUUAGUCGUACUUACACCAUGGACCUUAGGAACCUGAUAAUGUACCUUUUGACCAACCAGAGGAGGAGCGUCACCGAUUUAAUGCCCAUGAUUGGAGCUAGGUUUUAUACACAACUGGACAAUUUACAUAAUCACAUAGAAGUACUGGACACCGAACUAUGUAAAGAGGUCCAAAACGGCAGGUUGUUUAGACUGUUAUCGAAACUGGGUUCUAUAAACGAACGACCCGAAUUUAAUAUGGAGAGUACCUGGUCAGAAACUGGCGAUAGAUACAUGCUGAAGUUAUUUCGCGACUACGUGUUCCACCAGGUGACGGAGGAAGGUCAGCCCUGGCUGGACAUGGCCCAUGUGGUCCAGUGCCUAAACAAGCUGGACAGCGGCGCGCCCGAAAAGAUCUGCCUCAUGUCCAGGGACGAGCAGAGCGUGCUUGUGGUGUCCUACGCCGAGCUCAAGCACUGUCUUGACCAGUCGUUCCAGGAAUUGGCGGGCGCGUCGCUACUGCACCACGAACUCGCCUCGGGCGAGGAGAACAAGCUGUAAAAAACUAUAUUGUUACGUGUAGUUUUUUACUACGUAUAUCCCUUUUGUAGAGGGGAUAUCUUUUAUUUAUUCGAAGGAGCGAGUUAUACUGUAUUGUCGUGGCAAAAUGGCGUUACGUUGGGUUUUGGAAUGGCAUUCAUGGUUGUUUUCUGUUAGGUUGAUUUCUAUAAAAGCUCUGAAUUGUAAAGGGGAAACUGCGGCAACAUGUUGUGCAGUUGUAUAUAAGUAAAAAAGUUCAUACCCAUUUAUGUCCUAAAAUGCUUUGUUGCGUAGAUUAGGGAGCAUUUUUAAAAUCGCCGAAAUUUGUUUUUUUUUUCGAAAUAUCUAGUACAUAAACUUUUUAAAAAAUCCGAAAGGUGCAUAUGUUUAACCUCACAAAACUGCAAUUCUUUCCCCAUUUAACCGACUUUCUAACUGUUUCCGAGAUCCCCAUAAAGAACAUCGUAGAAAACUCGCUAUUUUUAUGAAAUAUAAUUUUAUCACACAUUAAUUUAUUUAUAGCAAAUUUUUAUGUUAGUGUUUAACAAACGUCGUAUAGGGGUCGACUCGAUAGAAAUUAGCAUCCAUUGUCAUUUCAAAAGCCACUGUGACGUCAUUUUUUUUUCUCAGAUCGUACGCUACGUUGGGUCAGUGCAAUUGUUCGGGGAUUCACUGUACGACGAACUACGAAAUUUAUGCUAUAAUAAGAACGGUUUUUGGACUCUGCCUUUUGUCUGCCAAGUAGUCACACUUACUUUUUAUUUCGAUUUUUUACUGAGAAAAGAAAAAAAUAUAUAUUUUUGGCACAUUAUGAUUUAAAAUUUGCUUUAUUGUUUGUGCUAAUUAUGAAUGAAAUUGUAUUUAAGUUUGAGAGCAGGAAUACAGGGUAGUCCACUUUUAUUACCUGGACCAUAGAUAAAAACAAUUAUAUCAACAUAUCUCCAAAAUAAUUUGGUUUUAGAAAGAUGUUAAAUUUUCGAAAAAAAUAUCGAUUAUUUUUGAAAAUUUCAGCAAAAAAUUAUUAAAACUAACCAUUUAUAACACUGUGUUGAUAUAUGAAACUUUCCUCCUAAAAGUUAGUUAGUUUUUGAUAGUAGUGACUGAAAAAUAACUUUCCAAAAAAAGCAAUUUUUUGUAAAAUUAUUUCUUUAAACGUCAAAUCUGUCAUAUUUUAAUUGAGUUCCCAGGUUGAUUUUUUUCCAUUUUCAAGCAAACCAUUUUACUAAGUAAUACAUCUAAUAAAAUAUAACUAAUAAGUAAUUGUUAGCAGUUGCCAUUUUGAAUAGAGUAAAUUUUAAAUCAAAAUUUCUAAAAUAAUCUAUCUCAUAUUUUUAAGCCAAAACUUUAUAAAUUUAUUUUUUUUUCUUCUGAAUAAAAUAUAAGACCUAUCUUAGCAUUAAUUUAUUUGAUGCAUAUAUUAUAAUAUUAUUUCUUUUAAAUUAAGAGAUAAUUUACAGUGAUGAUUUUAACGCCCUAUAUAUCUUUUUUAAAUAAUCCUAUAAAAUUCAUAAAUUACUUUUUAAAUGCUUUUAAACCUUUAGGUUUAUGCCUUUAAGCCUAAUUUUUUUAUUCUUUUUAGCGGUACAAAUUUUAUUGUUUGUAAAAUCAAUUAAUCUUGACAAAAGACAUGUUUUACUGGAUAUUAAAAACAAAGUCACGAAAAAUUUAGGAAUUAUUUUAUCAAUUUUUUAAAACAUUUUUUUUUCCUUACUAAUCAGAGUUAGUAAAAUUUGUUUCCAUGAAGAAAUAUCCCGAAUAUAGUAUAUAAUUGAACCCGAAACGUGUUAUAUUCUGUCAUAUUUCUACAGCUUUUUUAUGUUUUAUAUUAAAAUUUUCAAAGAAAUGGCACUCUUUUGGUAGGAAAAAUACACAUUGUACAGAUCCAACGUAAUUCUCAUUUGACAAAAAGGAAAAACACUCGAAAAAAAAA